AUGGAUUUUGGACACAAACACACGUGGAAUCAAUUGACACACAUUUACCACACUUUCACACAUGAUAUCAAGUCAUUCAACACAUCACUCGAUGCACAUCCAGUGCCCGAAGACAUCACUUCCAGUGAUGACAACAAACACAGUGUCCGACAACUCAUCCAAUCAUUGGACACAAGAAGUGAACAAAAGAAGACAUUGAAUGGCAAUAAAGCGAAGACAACAACAAAGAAAAGAUAUAAUAAACAAAAGAUAAUAAGCGAUGAAUCGGACGAUAAUUCUAACCACAAAUGGGAACAGACUUUAAGUGAUGAAGAAAUGGAUGACAAAAAUGUGAAGAAAAAGAGAAAAUACGUUAAGAAAAGCGAAAAAAGUGGUGAAAACUCGACGACAACACCACUGAAGAGGAAAUAUAAAGAGAAGACAAUUCUUUUUGCGAAUGGGAAGUGCUUUCGACCGAAAAAUUUUAUCUGCGAUUACAUCGGAUGUGAGAAACAGUUCGCCGAAAACGAAAAACUUUUGGCACACAUUCGGGUCAGACAUACAAUGGAGCGGCCGUUCGGGUGUGACGUCUGCCACAAGACAUAUCCCACUGAGCGGUGUCUUCGGGCGCAUCAGAAGAUGCAUUCGGAGGGCUUUAAGCGCUUCCCGCGAACACCAAAGAAGAAAUAUAAUUACAUUCGAGAAAAAGCUUUUGUCUGUCAUUACAGUGGAUGUGAUAAACGGUUUCGCGAACGGGAAUACCUUUUGGCACACAUUCGGAUCACACACACAAAGGAGAGGCCAUUCGGGUGUGACGUUUGCCACAAGACAUUCCCCACUCAGAGUCGUCUAAAGACUCACCAGCGGUUACAUACGGACACCGCGAAGCCAUUCGUGUGCUCAUGGGUUGGCUGUGACUCCGCUUUCCGGACCAAUCAGCAACUUUCCAAUCACAUGCAAUCACAUGAACAGCUCCGGCAAUACGCGUGCGAUGAAUGUGACUCACGAUUUAACCAAAAGCGGAGUCUUCAGGCCCACAAGAAUACCGUACACUCGACUGCCCGGCCGUACACUUGUGAUUGGCCCGCGUGUGAGGCCACGUAUAAGGACUUAAAUAUGCUUAAGCGCCACAAAGAGACACAUCUGGGACAACACAAACGCCAACACACUCUGCCAUUUGUGUGCAGUUGGCCCGCAUGUGACCGACGCUUCCCAUCCAAUAACCGACUCCAGGACCACAUGAACGCACAUCAGGGCCUCCGAGUUGUCGAGUGUCCGGUCGAGGGUUGCGAUAAGACAUUCACAUCCAAACCCUGUGCGCGACAACACUUAAGACAAGUCCACAAAUAUAAGACCACUGAAGGACUCAUACCUAUCAGUAAUUAA